AUGACAGGUGCAUCAGAGAUCCAAUACUACGACCUUCCCGACAAUCAAGGUUGCCGUAUGGCAUACCGAACCUUCACCCCUUCCUCCUCGGCUGCUGCAUCCUGUACACCUCUUUUCCUCAUCAAUGGGCUUUCAGCGGUUAUGGAAGAUUGGUCACCGCUGUUCGAAGCACUCGGUGCCACCCGACCCGUUGUAAUCUCUGAUCAUCGAGGAAUUGGUUGCUCCACCACUUCCCCAGAUUGGGACCAAGAACUUUCGCUCGAAUUAAUGGGUUUAGACGUCAUCAAUCUCGCAUCCCAUCUCGGCUACUCCGCUAUCGACCUGCUCGGCUUCUCCAUGGGCGGCCACAUUACUCAAGCCAUCAUCUCUUCUCCAGACCACGCCAAGGUAGCUGAAGACGGAACAGUACUCGUGAACGGAAAGGUGAAAGUGCGCAAAGCCAUUCUCACCGCCACAAUGACCAAACUGCCUCGAGGAGAUAUUGACUUGAAUGCACUCAAUGCACAAGCUGCCAAGAUCACAGACACAAAAAAACGAAACAAUUUCAUCACUUACAACAUGAUGGUCUUCCAAUAUCACCCCGAAGCACUAGGAUCCAAUGGUUCGCUGCAACACAAGUUCCAACAGCGUUUGCAGUUGGUUCGAAACACCUCACGUCCAGCCUGGGUGAUCGGAUUGCAGUUCAUGGCGAUUCAGGCUGGUGAUUUGAGGAAGCAACUGCAUAGAAUUCCGGAGACCGUGCCAGUAAUGGUCAUCCAUGGGAGGAAGGAUAGAAUGGUGCUGUAUAAGGAAAGCGAUGUGAUCUGUGAGAAGAUUGCACAUGCGGAAAGGUUGACCGAUGUUCCCAGUGGUGAGUUUGGUCAUCUUUGGUACGACUACUUUGAGUUGCAGUAUUGGGUGAAGAGCAUUAGUAACUUUUUGGACAAUGGAAAGCUUGGUGGUCAGCGGAGCGAGUCUAAGCUCUAG